AUGGCCUCCAACGGCGUCAAUGGCGCACCCACGUACGCCUUGCCACAGGCUCACCAGGACCUGAUGGAGAAGUCCCUCGUCGACACCGACCCAGAGAUCGCCGACAUCAUGGCCAAAGAGAUCAAGCGUCAACGCGAGUCUAUCCUCCUCAUCGCCUCCGAGAAUGUCACCUCCCGCGCCGUCUUCGAUGCUCUGGGCUCGCCAAUGAGCAACAAGUACUCCGAGGGCUACCCAGGUGCUCGCUACUACGGUGGUAACGAGCACAUCGACGAGAUCGAGCUUACCUGCCAGAAGCGAGCUCUCGAGACCUUCCGUCUUGACCCAGCGAAGUGGGCUGUUAACGUGCAGUGCUUGAGCGGUUCGCCCGCCAACUUGCAGGUUUACCAGGCCAUCAUGAGGCCUCAUGAUCGCUUGAUGGGUCUUGACCUCCCACACGGUGGCCACUUGAGCCACGGCUACCAGACACCCACCAAGAAGAUCUCAGCUGUUUCGACCUACUUCGAGACCUUCCCAUACCGCGUCAACCUGGAGACUGGCCUGAUCGACUACGACCAGCUCGAGCAGAAUGCGCUCAUGUACAGGCCCAAGGUUCUCGUCGCUGGUACUUCGGCGUACUGCAGAGAGAUCGACUAUAAGAGGAUGAGAGAGAUUGCGGACAAGGUCGGAUGCUACCUCAUGAUGGAUAUGGCCCACAUCUCUGGUCUUGUUGCAGCCGGUGUGAACAAGUCGCCUUUCGACUACGCCGACAUUGUCACAACCACCACCCACAAGAGCUUGCGUGGACCACGCGGUGCCAUGAUCUUCUCCCGCAAGGGCGUGAGGAAGACCGAGAUGAAGGCUGGCAAGGAGGUGCAGGUUCUCUACGAUCUUGAGGGCCCAAUCAACUUCUCCGUCUUCCCAGGUCACCAGGGUGGCCCACACAACCACACAAUCACUGCUCUUGCGGUCGCUCUCAAGCAGGCACAGACUCCAGAGUUCCUCCAGUACCAGGAGCAGGUCAUCAAGAACGCCAAGCAGCUCGAGGUCUCUUUCAAGGGCCGCGGCUACAGACUCGUCACUGACGGUACCGACAACCACAUGGUUCUCCUCGACCUGAAGCCACUCGGCCUCGAUGGCGCACGUGUUGAGGCCGUGCUCGACCAAGUCAACAUUGCAUGCAACAAGAACACCACCCCAGGUGACAAGUCCGCUCUCACCCCAUGCGGUAUCCGCAUUGGUGCCCCAGCCAUGACCAGUAGAGGCAUGGGCGAGAAGGACUUUGACAGAAUUGCCGACUACAUCGACCAGUGCAUCAAGCUCGCGACCAAGAUCCAGUCCGAGCUCCCAGCGCCGGCCAACAAGCAAAAGGACUUCAAGGCCAAGGUCGCCGAGGGUGUAAAGAUCCCAGAGAUCGCUGCCCUGAAGCAGGACAUUGCCGCGUGGGCCAGCACUUUCCCACUGCCAGUCUAA